CAACCACCUAACAAUUUUGUACUACAAAACAUUUAUUCCUCCCACCCUCCCCAAAUUCCUCCAUAUCCACAUACAUAUAUGUUUGUUACACCACCAACACAAAGAACAACAACAAAUUUCCUUUCUAUUUCUUGCUCUCUCUCUCUCUCUCUCUCUCUCUCUCUCUCUCUCUUCUUCUUCUUCUUCUUCUUCUUCUUCUUUGUUGUCCAAAUUAAGACUUCGAGAUAGUAGUAAUAGGGUGAUGGGUAGAUCUCCUUGUUGCGAAAAAGAGCACACAAACAAAGGAGCAUGGACCAAAGAGGAAGACCAACGCCUCAUCAACCACAUCAAGCUCCAUGGUGAAGGCUGUUGGAGGUCUCUUCCCAAGGCUGCUGGUUUGCUACGAUGCGGGAAGAGUUGUCGGCUGAGAUGGAUAAACUAUUUAAGACCCGAUCUCAAGAGAGGAAACUUCAGUGAACAAGAAGACGAGCUUAUUAUCAACCUCCACAGCUUGCUUGGGAACAAGUGGUCACUAAUAGCUGCAAGAUUACCAGGGAGAACAGAUAACGAGAUAAAGAACUACUGGAAUACCCACAUCAAAAGAAAGCUCUAUAGCCGUGGAAUUGACCCCGUUACCCAUCGUCCCGUCACCGGGACCACCACCGUCACAACCACCGUGGGACCUACCACAACAAGACGAACCGCCAAUACCAAUAGCAACAACAGAAAACAAGCCACCACCAUCGUCCCGACCACCAAUCUCUUUUACGGCGAUACAAAUUGCUUCCAGUUGUUGGAACCAAUAGCGACGAAACAAAGUCCGUCACAAGAGUUUACAAUUAUGAUUGGCCACAAUACUGAUUCAGGCAAUACCGACAACAGUAGCAACAGCGACAACACUGGAGUUACGACGGAGGAAGCGGUGAAUGUUGCAGUCGAUGGAGAGAUCAAUUUAGAUCUCUCCAUCGGCCUUCCGAUGUCGUCAUCAUCGUCAUCUUCAUGGCCAGAUUUGUUGCCAAAGACUGGGAGAGCAUGUUUGUGUUAUAAGGAUGUUCUAGGGUUUCAGAGUAGUAGAGGUAGUGCUAAUAGUAGCAGCAACACUAAUAAGUUAUUUAGGUGCGGAUUAGAGACGGCCGCCGCGGAAGAUCCGAGGGUUGUGCCGAAGUUAGCUUUAGCGACGGCUAGUAGUGUUUUUAGAUUUUAUAACGACGCUUAGUUUUUGUUUCUUCUGUUUUGCUUUUCGCAUAUUUGCACGGGAACUUUCAUCGGCUUUGAAAAAACCUACGGGAGAGGAGAAAAUAUACGCCGGUGUACAUAUGUCCAAAUGUACGAUGUUGUAAAUAUUUGUAAGGACACUUUGUGGAGGGUUGAGCUUCAAAGCAAUUCUUGAAAUAUAAUUGUGAUUAGCAAUGGCUAGUUAGUUGAUCAUUAAUAGAUUCUUAACAAUGAACUUCCAAUGAAUUCAUGUAUAGUAAAAAUGAGAUUGAGAAUGAAGGAUUGUUAUGGUGCAUAUUGGAUAUAUAAGGAAAAUGAUCUGGUAUAUAAGUGUUCACCCAUCUCUAUUAGUAUAUGAUGUCUUUUGACUUUUGAGAAAUGAACUCAUCAAUAGUAAAUUCAUGUUGGUUUGAUCCAACAUGGACAAUAUCUUAAUAAUGGAGCAUCCGGUCUCAUCAAGUGGUAUUAGAGUCUUAUUUCAAUUUUGGGUAGUGGAAUUCAGUUUGUGGACCCCCCCCCCCCCCCCAUUCGCGACAUUAUAGAAUUUUAGAUUCCCAUUUGGCGGAUCUAACGGGAGAUCUGUAUAUGUCUAUCUAGAAAAUCAAAGGAGAUUUGCAUAUGAUAAUUUUUUUAUGUUGAAAAGUCUUUACUUUACAAGGUAGUUUGGACAGGUCAAGAUAAUCACUGAGGAGAGGACAUGAAGGUUGUGGUACUUGUCUUGAGGAGAGGAUUGUUAUAGUGCAAUCCAAGUACUACACCAAAUAUACAAGAAUAAUGAUUUAUGUAUAUAAGUGUCCACGAAACUCCAUUAGUAUGAGGUUUUUUGGGGAAAAAAUCCAAAAGUAAAUUGUGUAGACUAGGUCCAAAGUAGACAGUAUCAUACUAUUGAAGCAUAUGAUCUUAGCAAGUGGUAUUAGAGUCUUAUUAUUAGGGCGAUAUAUUCCAAUUUGGCGGGCCCUUAUUAUAUGACCUCAGUAUUUGAGAUCCAAAUCUAGCGGAGCUAAUGGAGAUACACAUAUGUCUAGUGGAUCGGAUCAAAGAAGAUUGCAUAUGGGACUUCCUGUUAUCGAGAAAUCUGACGAUACAAGAUGGUUUCGGCCAUUUAAGAUGAUCACGAAGGGGAAAUUUGUGGAUCUUGUCCUAAGGGGAGGAUUGUUAUGGUACAAUGCAAGUUACAUCAGAUAGACAAGGAAAAUAUUCUCUUGUAUGUAGUGACAUAGCCAAGAUUUUACUCAACGCAAGUCCAAUGUGAAUAAUAUAAGAUGAAUUUCAUUAAUGCUACAAGAAACCACGAAGCGUUUCCAUAUUUUGUUAAUUUCUAAAACACGUUCUUCAUCCAAACUAGUUGUCAAGUAUGUAUCCUUUUAAUAUAUCCUACAAAACAAAUCAUCAUGAAUUCAACGAUUAUUCGACUUUAAAGUGUGUUCAUCAUGCACUACAUUGCGACAAAUAUACCUUCAACACUUAAUGAGAGCACGAGACAAGCAACGACACAAAUUUUACAGGUCGGUACACAAACGAAAAUCCUUGAGAUUCUGUCACAACCUUUGUCAGCUAGGAGAGGGCUUAAGGAUUGAAUUUGAAAGUAAAUAGGAAUUGAAAAAUCAAAAAUUAUAGGUUCUAUUUACCGUGGAUCAUUUAUGUAAUCGUUAAAAAAAACUUAUAAUAUGUGUAAUUCAAUUGUUAGUGUCAUUUACUUAUAAGACUUAAAUUUCAUGGAUAACUUAUAUUUACAUAUUAUUUUUAAAGGUAAUUCCAAAUUAAAAGUGGGUCCAGAUCCACUACUUGUGUAUAAGUGUUCAUCAAACUCUAUUUGUAUGAGAUCUCAUUUGAGAAGGAAAUCAUCAAAAAGUAAUUCGAUGCAGUAUCAAACCCAAAUCAGACAAUAUCAUACUAAUUGAUAAUAUUGAGCAUAUAUUGCCAAUGUACAUCUUAUUUGAUAUCAUUGUAAUGAUGGCAUGAAUAUAUACAAGUGAUUCCA